AGGCGGCGCGGCGCCUGAUGGCAGGAUGAGGGUCAGCCAGUUUUUAUUCCCUUUCCUCUUUUUCAAGUAAUGUUGGCUGAAUGACAGAUUGGAUGUAAAUUGUCACACAAGUCAUCCAUAAAAGAGGCCCAUCUUCCAAUGAGAUUCAGUGACAAGGCAUGAUACGACACUUCAGAACUUCGGUCCAGGAUAACAGUCAACAGUUACAGUCAGAUUGUUCAUUAUUGUAAUCCAUGAUGAUGGAUGUUGAGGGUAAAUCCUCAGGAGGUGUGAUAAAAGCAAUAGAUGGGACCUCUGUGCAUCGGAUAUGCUCGGGGCAAGUCAUACUUAACCUAGCCACCGCUGUCAAGGAACUUAUAGAAAACAGCAUUGAUGCAGUUGCUACAAGUGUCGAAGUGAGAUUGAAGGAGCAUGGCAGUGAAGUGAUUGAGGUUGUCGAUAACGGUUGUGGGGUGGAGGAAUGCAACUUUCAGGGACUAACUCUAAAGCAUCACACAUCUAAGCUGAAAGAUUUCUCUGACCUGGUCAGUGUUGAUACAUUUGGGUUCAGAGGGGAGGCACUCAGUUCACUCUGUGCUGUAAGUGAUGUUGCAGUGACGACUUGUCAUGUCAAAGCUAAGAAUGCUACCAAGCUUGAGUUUGACCACAGUGGAAGGAUAACAUCACAGGGUCCUUGUGCAAGACAGCAAGGGACAACAGUCACUGUACAGAACUUGUUCAGUACACUGCCAGUCCGCUACAAGGAAUUCCAGAGGAACUUGAAGAAAGAGUUUACCAAGAUGGUGCAGGUGUUGACUGCCUAUUGCCUGAUAUCGACUGGUGUCAGAAUCACGUGUACAAAUCAAGUGGGCAAAGGAAAAAAGACGACGAUAGCCAGCGUUAACGGGAACAAACUCGUCAGAGAAAACAUAACAAACAUCUUUGGGCCAAAACAGCAAUCUUCAAUUAUAGAAUUCCAGCAGUACAAGCCAACAGAAGACGUCUGCUCAGACCUUGGUGUGAAAAUAACGUCUGAUCAACAACUCGCUUGUCCAUUCCAAAUAAGUGGUUUUGUGUCCAGCUGUCAGCACGGAAAGGGUAGAAGUUCGACCGAUCGGCAGUUUAUCUAUGUCAAUUGUCGACCUUGCGAUCUGUUGAAGGUCAGCCGAACUAUCAAUGAGGUAUACCACAUGUACAACAGACAUCAGUACCCAUUUGCUGUGCUCAACAUCUGUCUUUCAAAAGAAUCCGUUGAUGUGAAUGUUACACCUGAUAAGAGACAGAUAUUCGUUGAGAAUGAAAAACUGCUCUUGGCUAUUAUCAAGUCCUCCCUUAUUCGAAUGUUUGAACCACUUUCGUCAACCUAUGAAAUGGCUCAAGGCAAAGGUGGUCUAGGCCUGCGGCAUGAUGUGUUGUCAAAGUUUCGACGGAUGAGUGAUAGUGUAAUCCCUUCCUCAUCGAGCGGAUCAUCCCCUUCCAAACUGAAGAGUUCUGUGUCAAGCAGCCUCGCGACCUUGAAGAGGUCAUUCUCCAGUGCGUUUGCCCGGGAAAGGGAGGAGUUGGAGAGGGGAGCAGAAGAUAUAAAGUCAAAACAGCCAAAGUUAGACACUUUCUUCGCUACUCUCCCCAAGACGCCUACAGAUUUUGACCCACCUGACUCUGCACAAUCCUCCCAGAGCAAUGCCUCUGAUGAUUCGGGAUGUGUCUUCAUUGAACAUGUUACUCAGGGUGAAACGUCACGUUCUACCAAAGAAGGGUGUGACUCUGAAAGCGAUAUUGAACAAGAUUCAGACUCGAUAAGGCACACUUCUUUAGGACUCAAAAUAGAGUACCACAGGCAAUGUUUAGAGAAGGAUUCUAUGAGUCCUGACAUAGACAAUUCAUCUGGUGUGUCAUCAUGUGAACAUUCUGGAAGUUUCAAGUUGAGUGAUUUCUCAAAUGUCAGUGGUGCUAAUACGAAAGAACUGGCUCAACCUGAAGGUGAAAUUUCAGAGGCUGACAAAUUAUCAUCACUAUCCCAAACAUCUAAGAUUGUUGAAAACAGCUGUGUUAGUUCUACUUCUAAACAAAACUAUUUAGAGAUUGAUAACAAAGAACAAUUGCCAGUUAGAGGGACCAAGGAUUUAGUUGAAGUAAGGAGUGCUAAAGUUGAAGAUGAUGAACACAUUCACGAAGAACACAUAUUUCAAGCUGCCAGUUUAGUGACUCAAUCGUGUAAGAAGGAUUCUUUGUCCUCAGAAUCGAAGUCUCCAUCAAAUGUUUCUCCUGAAUCUGUUCCCUCAAACUCAUCCUGUUCCACAUCCGCGACCUUCAGGCUGGAUUCUAGAGGUCAUGAAGGUCCAAGGUCAACGAGGGAAGGAGACGACUGUAGAAUUACUUUCACUGAAUUCGACAAGCAAGAAAAGGUGACGAGCAGAAAAUUGGUGGAGGUGUCGUUUUCUAUGGACGCUUUGAAGAGGAAGAUGAUCAUGAAAAAACUCUCAGCUGCUCCAGAGAGAUCUGCCCUGACGUAUCGGCACUUCCGCGCAACAAUUCAACCGGACAGCAAUAGCCAAGCAGAGGAGGAGCUCCAAAAAGAAAUUAGCAAGGACAUGUUCUCAAAAAUGGAAAUCCUUGGACAGUUCAACCUGGGUUUCAUCUUGGCACGAUUGGACCAGGAUCUGUUCAUCAUCGACCAGCACGCCACGGAUGAGAAGUUCAACUUUGAGACUUUGCAGCGGACAACAGUGUUAGAGGGCCAGAAAAUGAUACAACCCCUAAAACUAGAACUGACUGCCGUCGGCGAGUCUGUCAUCAUGGAAAACCUCGCCAUCUUCAAGAAAAAUGGUUUUGACUUCAUCAUCGACGAAGACGCGCCACCGACAGAGAAGAUCAGUUUGGUGGCGACACCUGUCAGUAAGAAUUGGUUGUUUGGAAAAUCAGAUAUUGAGGAGAUGGUGUUCAUGCUCGGUGAUUCACCUGGUGUUAUGUGUCGACCCUCACGCGUUCGUCAGAUGUUUGCCUCUCGAGCGUGUAGGAAAUCAAUUAUGAUCGGGACAGCUUUAAACAAGACCGAGAUGAAGAAGCUUGUUUGCCAUAUGGGAGAGAUCGAACAGCCUUGGAAUUGUCCGCACGGACGCCCCACGAUGAGGCAUCUGAUCAACUUGAACAUGUUACCGGACCAGAACGACUGAUUGGAUGGGAAAGAUUUUCUGGAGUUAAGGAAGACAAACUUUAUCAGGUUAUGAAUGGCAUAUUUGUGACAUUUCUGCCCAACACUGAGACAGUUGCUUUGACCUGACCACAACAACUGCUUGAAUUGUAAAACAAAUCACUGUGCAAAACGAGGACAAAAGUUGUGAAGAGCAUAAUGUGAAGGACAGUUGUGCCGGACACUGAGACAGUCGCUUUCAUAACUUGUUAUAAGUGUCGUAUUGUUUAUAUUUCUAUGUCACUGCCCUCAUAAAGGAGGUGUUUCUCAAGAUAAUGGCAGCCCGAUACUAAUGACGUCGACUUCCUCUUUAAGAGAGGGUGCAUCUGGGAAAAAUCAGGACCAGUUUUAAAUGUGAACUUGAUGUGUCCCGACACAAGACCUCUUUAUGUACCAGCCCAUAUAAUCAUCCUGCAAAUUUUCCCUGCCUGUGUUCAGCACAAUAUUUAUCAACACAGAAACUGGUAACUAUAUCUAUUUUGCUAUAUUUCAAACUGCAUUUAUCAUACCGAGUACUUCUUCUGCAUU